GCUGUGGUGGAGGUAAGACUUUAGAUAAACCUAAUGACUGAGGGCAGGUGUAUAUCUGCUGGUGGACCUGGAGCAGAGAGGAGGACAGAAUUGUGAUAGGAGCUAGUGAUACCAUGUCAUGGGCUUUGCACUCAAUUCACCCCAGCUCUGUAUGCAGACACCCUCACAGUGUGAAGUGUACAAUACACAAAUAGCCAAACAUGGAAAUAAGUGUCUGUUAUCCCCUGCCUGGAAGAGAUUUCUCCAAGUUGUGAGUCUUGUAUCUUCAGCACACAAGGCCGUGGUGCCCCUUGGCACCAGAAGACCGUCGGGAGCCCCCGUAGCAACAAUGGACGUCUUCUUGAUGAUCCGUCGCCACAAAAUGACCAUCUUUGCUGAUGCCAAGGAGACGGCCACUGUGCAGGAGCUGAAGAAGAUUGUGGAGGGCAUCCUGAAGAGGCCUCCGGAGGAGCAGCAGCUAUACAAGGAUGACUGGUUGCUGGAGGAUGGUGACAGGACCUUGAUAGAAUGUGGGUUAAGCAGUCAGACUUCCCGUCCCCAGGCACCAGCCAUGGUGGGCUUGGCCUUAUUCAGAGCCAGCGAGGGCUCCUUUGAGCCAUUGCACAUCGACCCCUUCUCCAGCACCCCCGAGCUGCCUGAUGUCUUGAAGCCUCAAGAUUCUGGCAGCAGCUCCAGCGAGCAGCCUAUGCAGUGAAACCAGGGUCCACUGCUCCAUCCCAUAGAUGUAGUGCUGAUCAUGCACCAGUCAUAGCUGUGUGCUCAUUUCACUUGCAGCACUUGAAAACAUUAUGACUUGACUAAUAAAGCUUUAAUGUUAAACUUC